AUGGCGGAGGCAGGCGCGAGCAAGGCCAGCGAAGCAAAAACGCCCAGCGAUGCGGCGCCCGACGACGCAACCCGUUCCACCUCGACGGACGACGAUGUGGCGAAGAUCAAGGAGAUGGACGCGCCCUCGACAGCUCCAAUGGGCGAGCCGUCGGCUCCCUCGGGCGGAGGCAGCCCCAAGAAGCGGCGUAAGGGACGCCCAUGUUCUCGAUGUAUAAAACGUAACAUUGGCCACCUGUGUCAUGAUGAACCCCGCGAAUCUUCAAAACGUGUCAAGACCGACCAAGAUACCCAAACCGUCGACGAAGGUAGCAGUACAAAUAAUGACCUUGCUGACCCCCAGAAAAUGAAUCGAAGACUGUCUGGAACUGGGAUAAAUGAGCUUUUGGGAGGAGACACUUCAAUCGGGCUACCACCUGUCGUUGGCCAAGAAUUGUCGACGACGAGCAACCCGGGAAUCGGCUCCAACCAACAACGCUACAACGACUGGCCGUUAGGAAUGCCAAAUCAAUUUCAAGAGAUGCACCCUUACCAUCCGUCUUACAUGUUCAACGCCCCCGAAGUGACAAACGAAUACAACAUACUUAAUGAUUUCCUUAGCACAAGCCUUUUAGACGAAUCUACAAUGUACCAGGGAGACGAUGCCACGUCUUUAUUCACAGAUAUUUCGUUGCUGAACUCUAUGCCGGCUGCUGGCACAUUCAUCCCUCCACAGCAGCUUCAGCAAAACUCCAUGGCUCCUCCUCCGCAGUUUUCUGCUGCAUCGCAGUCCCAAGCUGCUCAAGGAAACUCUAUCCAAAGACCAAGCAGUACAGUGAAUGACAAGGCUAAGGAGACCUAUUAUAUGACCGCCGCAGAUCCUUCAGGGACAGACCCUCCUGAAGAAAGAAUGAACAAGCUCCUGAAAGCAAAGUAUGAUGCUGGGAUGCUAAAACCAUUCAACUAUGUAAAUGGUUAUGCACGACUCAAUAAAUACAUGGAAGAAAACCUACAUCCAUCCUCUCGACAGAAAAUCUUGCGUCAAUUAGACAAAUUCAGGCCUACAUUUCGGGAGCGAAUGCAUAGCCUUACUGAUAUCGAGCUUGUUCUAGUGGAGAUGUGGUUUGAGCGGAGUCUCAUGGAAUAUGAUCGUGUCUUUGCUAGUAUGGCGAUACCGGCAUGCUGCUGGCGGCGAACUGGCCAAAUUUUUCGGGGAAACAAGGAAAUGGCGCAACUGAUUAACGUGCCAAUUGAAUCUUUGCGAGAUGGUAAACUUGCCAUUCAUGAGAUCAUUGUAGAAGACCAACUGGUCAGCUACUGGGAGAAGUUUGGUGCAAUUGCCUUCGAUAGCUCACAGAAAGCCAUGCUCACGAGCUGCACUUUGAAGAGCCCAGACUCAAAAAGCCCUAAGCAGGAAAUACAAUGCUGCUUUUCCUUUACAAUACGUCGUGAUCCACAUAACAUCCCAUCGAUAAUUGUAGGAAAUUUUUUACCUACUAAAAGAACGGACAGAUAA